AUGGAUCAGAGUGAGGACAGAGAGGAGGGAGUCCCUCCCUCUAAAAGCUCUCGGUGUGAGGAACAUGACAGCCAGACCAAAAUGGAUAGACCAGACUCUGCUGGACCUGCACCUGGACCUGGACCUGGACCUGGACCCAGCUGUGUGUCUAUGAAGAGUGAUCAGUCAAAGGAUGAACUCAUUCAUUUUAAAGAACAACGUCCGGCUGCAACAAGGAGGAAGCUGGACCAACCUGAACCCAGCUGUGUGUCUAUGAACAGUGAUUGGUCUAUGGAUCGUCCUAAUACCUUCAAAGAUGGACGCCACUCUGAUGAUCACAGAGUGGACCAGGAGAGCUCAGGGGUUCCCAGUGGUCAGUCUGCCCAGCAGCAUCAAACACAGCUGGACUCCAUAUUUAUGCUGCUGGAGGAGAACAUCGUCACUUUUGUGAAGAACGAGCUGAAGAAGAUGCAGAAGGUUCUGAGUUCAGAUUUCCCAGAAUGCUUAGAGAGUCAGAGUGAGGAUGAGGAGGUGUUGAACUGUGAGGAGAAAGAGCAGAGGAGGAGAAGCAGAGACGCAUUUCUGAAGAUCACACUGCACUUCCUGAGGAGAAUGAAGCAGGAGGAUCUGGCUGAGCGUCUGCAGAGCAGAACUCCUGCUGGCAGGUGUCGACGUAAACUCAAGACUAACCUGCAGAAGAAGUUCCAGUGUCUGUUUGAGGGGAUCGCUAAAGCAGGAAACCCAACCCUUCUGAAUCAGAUCUACACACCGCUCUACAUCACAGAGGGAGGGACUGCAGAGGUCAAUGAUGAACAUGAGAUCAGACAGAUUGAAACAGCAUCCAGGAAACCAGACAGACCAGAAACAACAAUCAGACAAGAAGACAUCUUUAAAGCCUCAACUGGAAGAGAUGAACCAAUCAGAACAGUGAUGACAAAGGGAGUGGCUGGCAUUGGGAAAACAGUCUUAACACAGAAGUUCACUCUGGACUGGGCUGAAGACAAAGCCAACCAGGACAUACACUUCACAUUUCCAUUCACUUUCAGAGAGCUGAAUGUGCUGAAAGAGAAAAAGUACAGCUUGGUGGAACUUGUUCAUCACUUCUUUACUGAAACCAAAGAAGCAGGAAUCUGCAGGUUUGAAGAGUUCCAGGUUGUGUUCAUCUUUGACGGUCUGGAUGAGUGUCGACUUCCUCUGGACUUCCUCAACAAUAAGAACCUGACUGAUGUUACGGAGUCCACCUCAGUGGAUGUGCUGCUGACAAACCUCAUCAGGGGGAAACUGCUUCCCUGUGCUCGCCUCUGGAUAACCACACGACCUGCAGCAGCCAAUCAGAUCCCUCCUUGGUGUGUGGACAUGGUGACAGAGGUCAGAGGGUUCACUGACUCACAGAAGGAGGAGUACUUCAGGAAGAGAUUCAGAGAUGAGGAGCAGGCCAGCACCAUCAUCUCCCACAUCAAGACAUCACGAAGCCUCCACAUCAUGUGCCACAUCCCAGUCUUCUGCUGGAUCACUGCUACAGUUCUGGAGGAUGUGUUGAAAAGCAGAAAGAGAGGAAAGCUGCCCAAGACCCUGACUGAGAUGUACAUCCACUACCUGGUGGUUCAGGCCAAACUGAAGAACAUCAAGUAUGAUGGAGGAGCUGAGACAGAUCCACACUGGAGUCCAGAGAGCAGGAAGAUGAUUGGGUUUCUGGGAAAACUGGCUUUUGAGCAGCUGCAUAAAGGCAACCUGAUCUUCUAUGAAUCAGACCUGACAGAGUGUGGCAUCGAUAUCAAAGUAGCCUCAGUGUGCUCAGGAGUGUUCACACAGGUCUUUAAAGAGGAGAGAGGGCUGUACCAGGACAAGGUGUUCUGCUUCGUCCAUCUGAGCCUUCAGGAGUUUCUGGCUGCUCUUCAUGUCCAUCUGACAUUCAUCAAGUCUGGAGUCAAUCUGCUGGAAGAAGAACAAACAACAUCCCAAAAGUCUGAAACUGAACAAGAAUCUGCAGAGACACGUUUCUACCAUAGUGCUGUGGACGAGGCCUUAAAGAGUCCAAAUGGACACCUGGACUUGUUCCUCCGCUUCCUCCUGGGUCUUUCACUGCAGACCAAUCAGGCUCUCCUACGAGGUCUGCUGACACAGACAGGAAGUAGCUCAAAGACCAAUCAGGAAACAGUCGAGUACAUCAAGGAGAAGAUCGGUGAGAAUGUGUCUGCAGAGAGAAGUAUCAAUCUGUUCCACUGUCUGAAUGAACUGAAUGAUCAUUCUCUAGUGGAGGAAAUCCAACAGUCCCUGAGAUCAGGAAGACUCUCCACAGAUAAACUGUCUCCUGCUCAGUGGUCAGCUCUGGUCUUCAUCUUACUGUCAUCAGAAAAAGAUCUGGACGUGUUUGACCUGAAGAAAUACUCUGCUUCAGAGGAGGCUCUUUUGAGGCUGCUGCCAGUGGUCAAAGCCUCCAACAAAGCUCUGCUGAGUGGCUGUAACCUCUCAGAGAGAAGCUGUGCAGCUCUGUCCUCAGUUCUCAGCUCCCAGCCCUCUAGUCUGAGAGAUCUGGACCUGAGUAACAACAACCUGCAGGAUUCAGGAGUGAAGCAGCUUUCUGCUGGACUGGAGAGUCCACACUGUGAACUAGAAUCUCUCAGCCUGUCAGGAUGUCUGAUCACAGAGGAAGGCUGUGCUUCUCUGGCCUCAGCUCUGCGCUCCAACCCCUCCCAUCUGAAAGAGCUGGACCUUAGCUACAAUCAUCCACGAGACUCAGGAGAGAAGCUUCUGUCUGCUGGACUGGAGGAUCCACACUGGAGACUGGACACUCUCAGCCUGCAGCCUGCUGGAGUCCGAUGGUUGACACCAGGUCUGAGGAAGUAUUUCUAUGAACUCAAACUGGAUCCAAACACAAUGAACAGAAACCUCAAACUGUCUGAUAACAACAGGAAGGUGACACGUGUGAAGGAGGAUCAGUCAUAUCCUGAUCAUCCAGACAGAUUUGAUUACUGGGAUCAGCUGCUGAGUAGAAAUGUUCUGACUGGUCGAUGUUACUGGGAGGUCGAGAGGAGAGGAAACGUUCAUAUAUCAGUGAGUUACAGAAGAAUCAGCAGGAAAGGAAACAGUGCUGACUGUUGGUUUGGAUAUAACGAUCAGUCCUGGAGUCUGUUCUGCUCUGAUGGUCGUUACUCUGUCCUUCACAAUAAGAGACAAACAUCCAUCUCCUCCUCCUCCUCCUCCUCCUCCUCCUCCUCCUCCUCCUCCUCCUCCUCCUCCUCCUCUAACAGAGUAGCAGUGUAUGUGGACUGUCCUGCUGGCACUCUGUCCUUCUACAGAGUCUCCUCUGACACACUGAUCCACCUCCACACCUUCAACACCACAUUCACUGAACCUCUGUGUGCUGGGUUUAGGUUCUGGUCUGGUUCCUCAGUGUCUCUGUGUGGUCUGUAGGAAGGAGAGUCUCCUCCUGUCAGAGAAACGUUCUCAUGUUAUUUAGCACCAACCUGAUCUCUCACUGGUUGUAAAUAGAGUUUCUAAAGCCAACAUGGUUUCCACAUGACUGACAGUUAGUUAGUCAGUCACAUAUAUCCACAUUUAAAAAGCUGUAAAACAGAAGCUGAUUUUCUCAGAGCAGAUAUCUCAGUCUGUUAGAGGACUGUUUGGAGGUUCGGAGGUCGUGGCUUUGAUCCUUAUGAGUCUCAGUCAAUGUUCAAGUCCAACACCCAAAGUGAAACUCAGAAGCUCUCAGAGAGAAAACCACCAGCGGCUCAAAGUUUACUGAAACGUCAAGUUGUGACCGAGCUUUUUAAACAUGUUGGAAGAGUUUAGCCACUAACUAUAACACACAUAAUGACAGUAAGUAUCUGCUGGCCUAGAGAGGAACUUUGGUCUUUCUCCUCUUAUUUGGUUUUUUGGGCUUCUUGUUCAAUGACUUGUUUUUUUAAUCAUAUAGUGGAUUCAGAAACCAACAUGUUUUUAUGUGUGUCUCUACUGGAUGUGCAUGUACAGCUGUCAAUCAACAUGAUGAUUCAUCCAUUCAUAGUUUUGUCUAUAAAAUGUCAGAAAAUAGUGAAAAUAUUGUUUUUAACUUCUUUUUACAGUUUAAUAUUUAGUUUUUAUGUAAAUCACAUUGAAUUGACCCAGUGUAUGAAAUGUGCUAUAUAAAUAAAGCUGUCUUGCCUAAAACGCUGGUUAUAAUCUCACAGAGUCAAAGGCAGCGUCUUUAAAUGUCUCAUUGUGUCUGAACUAAAGUCCAGAACAUCAAAUAUUCAGUUUUUUAUCAUGUCAGACAAAGAAAAGCUUGAAAAUGACUAAAAUGAUGAUGAAGUGCUGAUUUAGUGUUGAUGGAUAAUCAAUGAAUGGACUAAUAGUUGCAGCUCUGGCUGUAUGUGAACAGAAUAUUAGAGGACAAACAGCUGACAGUUUAGCGCCUUACUAAAUAUCCACAAUAAAAAGCUCAUUUACAGGAUAAUUCAUCUGUUUCUAAUCUUUUCACAUGUUUCUUAUUUGCUGUUUUUGUGUUUUUACCAAGUAAAGUUGAUCAUUUGUAUGUUUGUGUUACUCAGGCAGAAAUACAUGUAACUGCUGUAUCACCUGUUAUGUCCAAUAAAAAAAGUAUGAUCAAUAAUA